CACCCACACAAGGACCCAAAGACUUAUUACCCUAGCUAUUUCGAAAAGAGGCACGACGAUAUCCGAGUUUCGACCCAGCGGGAUGCUGGCAAUCAAACUCCCAAAAGGAUAUGUUGGGCUGCUCUACCUGUGUCUUAAUGGAAGGGUCAUUUUAAAUUCGUGUGUUUGUGUAUGUGAGUGUGUUGAUCAGAGAAGCCUGUUAACCUACCCUAGCAUGUCCGCUACGGCGGCAGACGUAAAAGUUAGCGUGUCUUCUAAUCCAUAUGCUCUAUGGGAGGGUCCUGGCUUCGUGUUUGUGUGUGUAUGUUGUGUCCCGCUGCUCUUACAGAGUCCUUCAUGGGAGGGUCUUUGUGCCUGUUUCUGUCCGCGGUGGAUGAUGUACGGUGCAAAAGAUAGAUUAAGCAUCGCCAUUGAUGGAUGAAUUUGCGGAUGUGGGAUCUCCGACCCUCGGAAGUACCCCCCUCGUUGCCACAGGUCAUUCUACGACGCCGAGACCUACACCUGAUGGUAUAAAGAAUAACGUGUUGUGCGCUGCAGCGCAGUAAACCAUAAAGCAUACCUUGAUGACGAGGAUGUGUGCACAGAUUCCAAGAGAGCGAGUAACAGGAUAACUCCUAGCUGGA